UGUUCGAUUACAUUUGCCUAUUCAAAUAUGGCGCUGUAAAAGCCAAGGUUUGUUUUUCAUGGGUGCAAAGUAUGUUUAAGUGCAUUAACCGAACGGCCUACUUUACGAGAUAUCGCCAGUCAGCCGGUAACGAUUUCCGUCUUAACCAAGAUUAUAGGCUGGUGUCAUCCUCGCCACUCAGAAUGACCGACCAGGCUGUGAAUAGGGUGGUUAGUGACAUAAUUCGCUCUCCCGAGGACAAACGGGUUUACAGAGGGCUGGAGUUUACCAAUGGCCUUAAGGCCAUGCUCAUCAGUGACCCAACAACAGACAAAUCCUCAGCUGCUUUGGAUGUCCACAUAGGUUCAUUAUCGGACCCAGCAAACAUCUCGGGCCUGGCACACUUUUGUGAGCACAUGCUGUUCCUGGGAACAAAGAAGUAUCCCAAGGAGAAUGAGUACAGCCAGUUCCUCAGCGAGCACGCGGGCAGCUCCAAUGCCUUUACCAGUGGAGAGCAUACCAACUAUUACUUUGACGUGUCCCAUGAGCACUUGGAAGGAGCACUAGAUAGGUUUGCCCAAUUCUUCCUGUGCCCACUGUUUGACGAGAGCUGUAAGGACCGGGAGGUGAAUGCUGUGGACUCUGAGCAUGAGAAGAACCUGAUGAAUGAUGCCUGGCGGCUGUUUCAGUUGGAGAAGGCCACUGGCAACCCUAACCACCCCUUCAGUAAAUUUGGAACAGGUAACAAAUUGACCCUUGAGACCCAACCGUCUAAAGAUGGGAUUGACAUCCGUCAGGAGCUCCUGAAAUUUCAUUCUACAUACUACUCCUCCAACCUCAUGGGACUCUGUGUGUUAGGAAGAGAAUCCUUAGAUGAUUUGACCGCCAUGGUGGUGAAGCUAUUUGGAGAAGUGGAAAACAAGAACGUGCCUAUCCCAGAAUUCCCUGAGCACCCCUUCCAGGAAGAACACCUCAGACAAUUCUACAAAGUGGUGCCCAUUAAAGACAUCAGGAACCUGUACGUGACUUUCCCCAUCCUGGACCUACAGAAGUACUACAAAUCUAACCCAGGACAUUAUCUGGGACAUCUGAUUGGUCACGAAGGACCCGGAAGUUUGUUAUCUGAACUCAAAUCUAAAGGCUGGGUGAACACGCUUGUUGGAGGGCAAAAAGAAGGAGCCAGAGGAUUCAUGUUCUUCAUCAUCAAUGUGGAUUUGACUGAGGAGGGCCUCUUGCACGUUGAGGACAUCAUCUUCCACAUGUUCCAGUAUAUCCAGAAACUGCGUACUGAGGGACCUCAGGAGUGGGUGUUUGAGGAGUGCAAGGAUUUAAACAAAGUGGCCUUCAGAUUCAAGGACAAGGAGCGACCCCGUGGCUACACUUCGAAAGUGGCUGGUUUACUACACUACUACCCUCUUGAAGAGGUUCUAGCAGCAGAGUACCUUUUGGAGGACUUCAGGCCAGAUCUGAUCGAGAUGGUGCUGGAUAAGCUGAGACCAGAACAUGUCAGAGUUGCAGUGGUGUCAAAGUCAUUUGAAGGGCAAACCGACAAGACAGAAGAGUGGUAUGGCACACAGUACAAACAGGAGGCCAUCUCUGAAGAGACCAUCGAGAAAUGGGCAAGUGCAGACCUCAACGGCAAAUUCAAAUUACCUAUGAAGAACGAGUUCAUCCCUACCAACUUCGAAAUCUACCCUCUUGAGAAAGACUCUCCAUCAGUCCCCACUUUAAUCAAGGACACUGCUAUGAGCAAGGUGUGGUUCAAGCAGGAUGACAAGUUCUUCCUGCCCAAGGCAUGCCUGAACUUUGAGUUCUUCAGUCGCUACCUAUACUCAGAUCCCCUGCACUGCAACAUGACCUACUUGUUACUCAGGUUACUGAAGGAUGAUUUAAAAGAGUAUACAUAUGCAGCCCGCCUGGCCGGGCUGGUGUAUGGCGUAGCCUCUGGGAUGAAUGCCAUCCUCCUGUCUGUUAAAGGUUAUAGUGAUAAACAGCACAUCCUGCUGAAGAAGAUCAUUGAAAAGAUGGCCACCUUUGAGAUAGAUGAGAAGCGCUUUGACAUCAUCAAAGAAGCGUACAUGAGGUCUUUGAAUAACUUCAGAGCCGAGCAGCCUCACCAGCACGCCAUGUACUACCUCCGUCUACUAAUGACUGAGGUUGCUUGGACCAAAGAUGAGCUCAGAGAGGCUCUGGAUGAUGUAACUCUCCCACGCCUCAAGGCCUUCAUACCUCAGCUAUUGUCACGGUUACAUAUUGAAGCCCUUCUCCAUGGCAACAUCACCAAGGAGUCUGCUCUUGGCAUGAUGCAAAUGGUGGAGGACACGCUCAUUGAGCACGCUCACACAAAGCCCCUCCUCCCGAGCCAACUGAUUCGCUACAGAGAGGUGCAGGUUCCAGACGGUGGCUGGUAUGUUUACCAGCAGAGGAACGAGGUCCACAACAACUGUGGCAUUGAGAUCUACUAUCAGACAGACAUGCAGACCACCCACGACAACAUGCUGCUGGAGCUGUUCUGUCAGAUCAUCUCUGAGCCCUGCUUCAACACACUGAGAACCAAAGAACAGCUGGGCUACAUUGUGUUCAGUGGGCCCCGGCGGGCUAACGGAGUACAAGGCCUGCGCUUCAUCAUCCAGUCGGAGAAGGCGCCCCACUACCUGGAGAGCCGCGUGGAGGCUUUCCUCUGCACCAUGGAGAAGGCUGUGGAGGAAAUGAGCGAUGAAGCCUUCCAGAAACACAUCCAGGCCCUGGCCAUCCGCCGCCUGGACAAGCCUAAGAAGCUGUCUGCUGAGUGUGCCAAGUACUGGGGAGAGAUCAUCUCUCAGCAGUAUAAUUUUGACAGAGAUAACAUUGAAGUGGCACAUCUGAAGACUUUGACAAAAGAAAACAUUAUGCACUUCUACAGAAAUCGGCUGACAGUCGAAGCCCCGAAGAGACACAAGGUGUCCGUGCAUGUCCUGUCCAGAGAGAUGGACUCCUGUCCAAUAGUGGGAGAGUUCCCCGCUCAGAAUGAUGUCAACCUGGCCCCUGCUCCUUCCCUGCCACAGCCCACGUUGGUUCAGGACAUGACGGAGUUCAAGAGGAGCCUGCCUCUCUUCCCCCUGGUCAAGCCUCACAUCAACUUCAUGGCUGCCAAACUGUGAGUGGGGCUGGCAGGUCGACACACAGCAGCAUGGGGGCGCUGGGGAGGGCGACACCCCCGCCAGGAAGACUUUCAUCUGACUGAGUCUGCAUUAGCAAGUGUGUGUGUGUGUGUUUUGAGCGGGUGCAUGUGAAUGUGUGUGUGUGUGUGUGCACGUGUGCACGUGUGGCGGGCUGGAGCCACUAGAAGAGAUGCUUGGAAACAAAUGCGUGUAUUUGAAACACAAAGUUAGCCGUGGUCGUCGACAUAGCUGUGAUGACGAUAGAGGUCACACCAGACUCACCUCAUGUUAAAAGUCUCUAAAAGGAGACGCAACACUCACUCGCAUCACAAUACUGUGUUGGCUGUUGUAGAGGAAAUAGAAACAAGGUGGGGGAAAAAAAAAAAAAAAAAAGACAAGGGCCAGAUCCCUUUUUUAAAAGGGUUCAAGUAUACUGCAGAAGCUUCACAGUAGGAGGUGUUUUAUUUGAAUUAUCCAGAGACGUGCUGCUUGAGAAUGGAUAGCUGGUUUAUUGUGAUGAACUGGGGGCUGCAGAGGUUAAGAGACCGUAGCUCCACGAAGGUCCUUCUUUUAUUUGUCAGACUGAUAUGUUUUCCGUGUAACUCUCUGAGGCUCCACAACUCUCCUGAAAAUGUUAUCACAAAAGAGGCACUCGGUCAAAUGGAAUAUUUUAUUCAAAUUGAUGCAUUUCUGAAGAAUAGCUGCCUUUUUAUAAUUAUUAUGAUUUUAAUCCUCACAGGUUUUGAAAUGUUUUUGCUUGUAAACUGGUAAAAUGUUGGGACCCUGAGGAGCGGUUUGAAUUUGCUAAUUUCAGAGAUCCAUGCCCAUGAAAAUAGUUUUUAUUUAGUUUGUUUUAUUGCAUUUUACAGUAGUAUGUAAUUCAGACAUCUCAGGGGUACCUCCAUGCUGUUUUUUUGGGGGGGGGGGUUUGUUUUUUUUUUACAUUCAACUUUACUAGUGAUUGAUUAAAAAUAAAAACACUUUUAUCAGUAUGUCAUCUACAUUAGUACUUUGUUCAUAAUCCUUAUUGGUCUUCAAAUUAUUUUUGUAAAACUGAAAGGAAAUAACGGCUGUAGAGACGAACAGUAUUUUUUACAUUUUAUUUCAUGAGCUCCAGGGAGCUUGUCAUUAUUCUUACACUCUGUGUCUGAGACUCACAGAGACUUUCUGCAGCUUGUGCCUUUCCAGGGGGGCAUCAGUUAGUUUGUAUCUGGCUGCACUGAGCUGCUCCUGGUCUGAUCCGGAGCAGAAUCCUGGAGGAUCUAACCCCCCCCCCCCAAAUUGCUGGACCGUGCACUGGCUCUCACAGCAUAGAUGUCAAAAAGCAGCUAGCCUUUUUCCUCUGCAAAAAAACAAAAGUUUCAACAUUUCAUGUUGAUGCCUGAAGGGGAUCGAAGACGAGCACUAGUCUGGGUUUUGUUCUGAAUAUAUGCACUUCUCUCACUAAGCAAUAAACUUAAUGAUGUACUGCUUAGUAGCUACAGCAGCUGGAUCCACACUGAUCCCAAGCUCCAGCCUAAACCGUGGAGAGGACCGUGUCCGCUCCGAGCGCCUGGUGGUGCGUGGAUAGUGAUGUCAGGGCCGCGCAAGCAUGACCUGCUCUCUCAGGUGCUAACCAGCUUUGCUGUAACAAACCACUGCUGGUGGAGCUGCCAAUCACCCUGUUCAGACAGCCAAAAAACAGAGUUCUGAUUUAUCCCCCCCCCCUCCUCCACACUAAUACCUGUUCUCAGGCCUAAUGCAUCGCUCACUCACAUGAUGCUCCAUCGUUUUUAAAGAACGAUUUAAGGGAGUACCUGUAUGAUUGUGCUGUAUCAAAAGCUUCUUCAAUGUUCUCCAGCAUUUUACUACGUCUCAACCAGAUCAAAACCAUUUCAAAUUAUUUUUAUUUUAAGUUACAAACGAGGCCCCACUUCAUUAUCAACUGCUACUUUGAUAAAAGGCACUAUUGCCUUGUGUGGCCAAAACCCAAAGACAACCAGCAGCAGCAUUCGGUAGACUUUCACUUCCACAGGCAGCAGCUUGACAGCACCUGGGGGCGGUGACAGAGCUGUUUUCAUGCAAUGUUCAGUAGAAACUAGCACCAUUACAUAUCAGGCUUGGGUGGGCCAUGCACUGUUUACCUUCUGAAGUACCUAGUGGUUGCUUUACAUUUAGAAAAUCUUUAAAUUUUUGUAUGUCUUUGGGGUUCAUGGGCCGGUGAUACAGGAGUGCUGACAUUUUCAGUUUGUUCUUUUUGUUUUCUGUGUGUUUUAAUAAACUACUGAAUGGAA